UGAAGAUCGGCACGCUUCCGGCCAGCAGGCAUGGCUGCGGGUCUGCAGUUGAAAACAACGAAGCUAUAAUUUAAGAAGGCUUUAAAGCUGCAGCAGCAGAUCCUUCAGCCUGUUCUACAGCUCGAGGAGGAACCGGGCAGGAGCGGAGGUUUUAAAGGUGGCGGGAAUGGGCUUACAUAAUUUUAGAUAUAAAUGCUGAGAUUUAAAGUUGAUCAUCUUUAGAGCAACAGAGAAGCAGAUCCAUGAGUUCAGAGCUGACCAUAACUGCAUACCACCUUGCUACCAGUCCUCUACAGCUCCUCUAUAUGUCUACUUUUCCAAAUGAUCCAAAUCCUCUUCCUUCACCAACGUUGCUGGAGUUGUGUUCAGUGAAGAGGUGAAUUCAGGCUACUGAGAGUAGAGUAAGACAUUAACUCCAUAAACAUGGCCUCCAGAAGUAAUUCAGAUACCGAGAAAACCUCAUCUGGUGCGCACCAGACGGACAUAUCUCAAAGUAAAACGCAACACCGGCGCAUUUACACUGGAGAGAAACCGCAUCACUGUUCAGACUGUGGGAAGGACUUCGCUUCUCGGGGUUCGCUCAAGAAACACCAGCUCAGCCACACCGGAGGGAAUCGGUUCGCUUGUUCAGAGUGUGGGAAGGAGUUUACCGCACAGGCUUCUCUCCAGCGACACGAGCUAAUCCACACCGGAGAGAUGCCGCACAAGUGCUCGGACUGCGGGAAGAGCUUUAAUCAACUGUGUUCCCUCCAACGGCAUCAACGUGUUCACACGGGAGAGAAACCUUUUCACUGCGAAGACUGCGGGAAGAGUUUUGUAAAUGGAAGUAGUUUUAAAAUACACCAGCGCCAACACACGGGAGAGAAGCCGUACGAAUGCUCCGACUGCGGGAAGGGUUUCGCUCAGUUGAAUCACUUACAAUUUCACAAGCGCUCUCACACCGGACAGAAGCCGUAUUACUGCUUUGACUGUGGGAAGAGUUUCGGCAAACAGGAUCAUCUCCGCAGACACCAGCGCACUCACCAACAAGACACCAAAAAGAAAGUGGGUCAUCACUGCUCAGACUGUGGGAAGACUUUCAAACGGCAGACCCAUUUCAAGGAACACCAGCUCAUUCACAAUGAGGAGAAACCCGAUGAAUGUUCACACUGUGGAAGAUACUUCAAAAACAAAACUUCACUCAACAAACAUCAGAGGAGGAAACACAAGAGUUUGUUCUCCUGAUGAUCUGUUGAUUUUAUAAGUAAGGGUUAAAGGAGGAAGAACUCUGGUGUAAAAUGGACUUUUGUUGUAGUAAAACAUGAAAAGUUCUUAUCUUUGAUGAAUAGCACAACUCCGUUCUCCCACAGCGUUCACAGAUCCAGAAAUUUUAAGUUUGUCCAAACACCCUUCAGACUGGGUGAUACAGGGCAUAAUUUACCCUGAUAAAUCACUUUUUUACACCGUUAUUCAGCUCAAAGUAGCUCCACACCUUCUUGCUAGAAUCCGGAGAGCUCGGACCUUUUAAAAUGAGGCAUUAAUAACUUUAAAAGUGCAGAGGAAGCUUAUUAAAACACACUGUUUACAUCCUACACUACAGCUUCAGCUCCAAGCACCGCCAUAUUUGUACUGAUAAUAACAUCUAUAUUUACAUUUACAAUAUCUAUAUUUAUAUUGACUCCACAUAGUGUAGCAGCCGGCGCCAGGAGGUAGGCUAUGCGGAGUCUAUGUAUAUAUGUGUCUAUGACAUUAUUAGUACAAAUAUGGUGGGUGUGGAGCUACUUUGAGCUAGAUAACGGUGUAAAAAGUGAUUUAUCCGGGUAAAUUAUGCCCCGUAUCACCCAGUCUAAACUGUUAAAAUUUCUGGAUCUCUGAACGCUGUUGGAGAAUGGAGGCGUGCUAUUCAUCAAAGGUAAGAACUUUUUAUCAUGUUUUACUACAACAAAAUUAAAUUUUACACCAAAGUUCUCCUUUAACCUACAGUUACAGUAGAUACAGGAAUCAUCAGAAUAAUUUGUUCUACCCGUACUGAUGCACCCAGCCAUGAUUCAGGACCAAUUAUCAAGACCACCUCUCUCUUUGGUAAAUGUUUGCACCUGGAGUGGCAUAAGGUCACCCAAAAGCAGUGUGUAAGACUGGUGGAGAGCAUGCCAAGACACAUGAAAGCUGUGACCAAAAAAAAAAAAAACAGGUUUAUUACACCAAUGGUUCAGGAACCUGGAUAAAGACUCAUCAAAUUUUGUUCUUUUAGUUCAGGCCAUAGUCUGCAGAACCAUUGAACCUGAAUUAGGUUGUGAAUGAACCCUUUAAAUUUUAAUCUUUGUGUUGGUUUUUUAAUCUUCUCUACCUUUAUAAAAGUAGCUUUUUAUGCAAGGAUAAAAUGAGUAUUGUUUAUAACAGUAUUGUGUACUUUGCCAUAAAAAGUAUUUGUCCCCUACAGAUUUUAUUUUUGACUUUUUUUUUUUAUCAUACUUACAUUUUUAAAAUUAUGAAACAAACUUUAAUAUUAUACAAAGAUAACCUGAGUAAAUAUGAUUUUACUUAUUAAGGGAAAAAAGCAAUCCAAAUCGAUGUGGAAAAAGUAAUUUUUGUGCUGUUUUUCCUGUAAGUUUCAGUGAUGGAAUUUUAAACACUAAUGCAUAAACACUAGCGGUGCUAAUGAGAUAAAUUGUAAUGUUAAGCAUGAUUAAAGCUUAUAUAUACGA